AUGUUUCAAAAGCUGGACAAGGUUAAGCAAGCUUUUGAUGAAGCAGUUCGUUGCUUGGAUGCAUCAUUGAGUGGAUCACCUAGUGAAAAAAAUCCAUCUGUUAGAUGGCAUCAAACAAUUGAUUCCAUAUUUGAGGAGAUAAAACGCAGAGUACCUGACAUUCAGGUUCUCCUUAGAAUUUAUCACCAAAAUGUUGCAUAUGAACAAAAGUCGUCAUCUGACAUAAUGUCUGAUGAAGUAGCUGAAGAAUAUACAAGAAAUAGCAUGAUACAUGAAGUGAUUCUGAAAUUGAUAAAAUAUUAUCACAAAUUUUUACCAGAAGCAGUUAUGGAAUCUAAAUUUGACAUAGGCAAAUUUAUUCCUUCAAAUCUUGAAGAAAUUCGACCAACAAUGCAAUUGCAUCUAUUGGAAUUGUUAUUAAUUUCUAAUUUUAAUUUGACCAAUAAACCAGAUUUGGUCUUGCAAUUACUUGAGGAAUCUAUUUCAAUCUUUUUCAAAGAUCCAUUUCCUUAUAUUGAUGAACUAUCUCAAAUUAUCAAUGAUGUUAACUCGGAUGUACGGCAGAUUGAUAUAAUGGAUGUUGAUGAGUUGCGAAUUGCCAAAGACAUUAGCAUAGAUUUCGCAGAAAAACUCUGCAAUAUUUACUAUGGCUCAAAAGACAUACCUUUUUCAUAUCCGUUCAGUCCACUUCUGGCGGUUGUUAUGAAACAAUAUCAGAAUAUGAAACCCAUUACUGUUGAAGUCACCUCGUUUUUACACAAACUAUUUAAAAAUUUGCUGAAUAAACAAAUUACAACAUCAUAUUUGGAUGUUUAUGUAAAACAAUUAAAUAAAAUAAUUGGUAGUUCUUUGAAAAAUUUGGAUAGAAAGAGUGAUAAGAAUUAUAUUGGGGAUUUAGAAACUCAUUUUCAACAAUUUAAUUCAUGCAAUAUUAAAUGGAGUAAUAAUAAAGACGAAAGUCGAAAAAUGAUUGAAGAUACAGUAAUAUUGCAGUUCAUUGAAGCCUAUAUGCCUCCUGGUUUAAUAGAUAAUGAGAAUGCAAAAAAUUUUCAAUUUAUAGGAAAACCAACCCAUUUUUUAUUGGUCAAAAUUAUUGAUUCAAGUGUUGUGCGAUUCAUUCUUGAUAAUAUGAAUACUCUUAAAGCAAAGAUAUUAUCUUGUCUCAUUAUCUGCAGUCCUGAGAUUAGAUUGGAAUUUGUUAAUUUAAUCUUGCUUAGUCCACGAUUAUUAGAAUCAGUUUCUCUAAAAGGCAUUAUAAUUAUUGUUUCGACAUUUAUUGACAUUGUAUCAUCAAAAACACAUUUGCAAAUCGAUUGGUCGCCAGUUGUGACCGAAAGUAAUAAGAAUGCAAUCAAAGUGAUAUCAGACAAAUGUGCACUUCGGUUUUUUCGCAGUAUAACGACGUCUUACACAGAAAAAUCACCGUCAAUUUAUGCCAGUGUUGUUUGUGUAUUGAUGAGUUUGAGUCCACCAAUGGAUUUAAUGAAGACUUUAAAACUUUCUAUUCAAAAGGGAUCUUUCGACUUAUUCAGUUUGGAUUAUUUGAGUAUAAUUGAACGUCACUUAGCAAAUAAUAUUAAUGAUUAUGAUGAACAGGAUCUUAAAACAUUUAUUUCUAGUUGUCUUCAUCAAGCAACUUUAUUUAUGGAAAAGGAUAUUUUCAAAAAUUGUAGCAAUGAAGCAUUGAAAGCCAUUUUUAACAAAAUUGAUGAUUUGAUAAAAUUUGUUCCAAAGUCAACUAGUCUGGAUGCAAAUAUUAUCGGAGAGUUCAUUUUUGUUCUUUUGGAAAAAAAAAUUGACGAACCAACAAUUUUAAGGUGUAUAACAUCGCUAAUUGUUACUGCAUAUAAUAAAGAGACAGUAUUUGGACCUUCUUUGGAUAAAGUUGUUGAAGCCAUCAUCAAUAAUCCUCAAUUUAAAGCAUUAUGUGGUGCACCAGAUGCCAUGAUGUGGGGACCUGGAGCAGUCCGCCAAUUUGACAGACGAAGCUUGAUGGGGCAAAGAAUUCUUGUUGAAUCAUUAGAUCUAAUUGAUCCCAUUAUAAUGAUGCAAAGUUAUACCCACUUCCCAAUUGAUAAAGAAUUGGAAGUGCCCUUGAGUUUAACAGAAACUGCAUCUUGCUUAAAAAGUGGUUUAAUCGAAGAUUCUGUUAAGUGGGAAAAGGAUUUACCAGUAUACGAUCCAUCAUAUUUCUUACCAUUAUUUUCAAAUUUGUUAUCAUAUGGAAAUUUAUUGGAUGUCAGAAGAUUCAUUGAAAUCAAUGCGUUAGGAUUUAUUGUCGUUUCAUUAUCAUCUACUGUAGAAAGUCUUUUUGAUUUAAUGAAUAUGAAAUAUGAUUUAAUAUUCCAUCAUGCCGAAAGAUUAAAUGGUUUACCUAUUUCAUUACAGCACGCUACCUUUCGGGAGAAGAGUCAGAUAUUGUUGUUACUCAAUUCAUUGAAGAAUUCAAUUGUGGAUCGUGAUAAUGAAAAUAAGCCACUUCAACGAAUUCCUACAAUUAUCUCAGUAUUUAUUGCACAUGCAUUAAACGUUUUCACAAAUCCUGCUCAUUUCAUGUAUCCGAUAAUUAAUAAGUUUUUGUUACAAAGACCAAUAUUGGAUUUAGAG